AUGUUUGCGAGGGUAACGUUUUAUCCUACACUGUUAUACAAUGUUCUGAUGGAGAAGGUGACCAGCAGGCGCUGGUACGAUAGAAUAGAUGACCACGUCAUCUUGGGUGCUCUUCCUUUUCAGAGUAUGACGAAACAGUUAAUCGAAGAGGAAAACGUAAAAGGCGUGGUGUCCAUGAACGAAACCUACGAGCUCAAGAUAUUCUCCAACGACGCUGAGAAAUGGCGGGAACACGGCGUUGAAUUCUUGCAGCUUGCAACAACAGAUAUCUUCGAGGCACCAGACCAGGACAAGCUGUUCGAGGGAGUUAGAUUUAUUAACAGAUUUUUGCCGGUGGGCAGUAAGUUGGGUAUCGCGGGCAACGUGGACAGCGUGGGCCACGUGAGCUGCGGGCGCGUGUACGUGCACUGCAAGGCGGGCCGCACGCGGAGCGCCACGCUCGUCGGCUGCUACCUCAUGCUGAAAAAUGGCUGGUCUCCAGAAGAAGCAGUGGAGUACAUGAGAUCUAAACGACCCCACAUACUAUUGCACACGAAGCAAUGGCAAGCGCUAGAUAUAUUCCACCAGAGACAUGUUCAGACUGACAACAAUUUAAAUACAUAA